AUGUCCGAUAUCAUGGAACAGUCUCUUGAUGAUUUCUUGGAUCCCUCUCUGAGACAUCUGCUAUCCCCACCAGCUACACAUUCACCAAUUCACAAUGGCAUAAAUUCCGAUUCCUUGCCACUCGGGCAUAAAAAUAAUCAAGAUCGACUAGAAGCAUUUAACUCCCUCGCAGCCGCGUGUAUACGGGGCCCUUUAACACCCACUUCUUCGACACUUGUAAGCUUUGAGAACGCUGGAGGAUCAAUAAGUCUAUCACAGAGAAAUAAUGAUUAUCCGAUACAUUCUUCAAGACCUCCAACGAAAUCGUGCAGGUGUAUGCAGAAUCUCAUAGAUUGCAUGGGUCAGCUUCGGGCUAUAGAGCAACGAGAGUCGCCAGUGGGAAUAGAGGCAAAACUUCACCAUAGUCAAAAUGUUCUCACAACUUCUUUGGCCACCCUACAAUGUCUCUCAUGUUCUUCCGAUCCCCAAACUCUUCUUUUGUCCUCAAUUAUUAUGACCACCAUGGUUCACUGGGCGGAUUCGCUGGUUUCUCAGCGAGAGUUUGCUCAAUUCACGGUGAAGUACGGGGAGUAUACUGCGUCGGACGAAAAUUCCACAAUAGUAAAGACAGUCUUAACGGCCGGUGUGUUGGCGAAAAAUACCGCAAUAAUUGAUAGUUUUCGAGAAAGAAUGGAAAGUUUCAAAGGAGAGGGUCAUCAAGCACAGUACAUAAAAUUGCAGCUAGAUAGUCUGGCAAGCUUACUGAGCGAGGCGAGGAUGAGAUUCAAUGCCUCGAAUUUAUAA